GUGACACGGAGAGGGAAAAAAGCAAAGCAAAGGAAUGGCUCCAAAGCGUUCUGGCAAGACUAGGAGUAAGGUGGUGGUGAAGGCAACCCGGAAAGUGGUUCAACAAACUGUCGAAGUGACGGUACUUGCCAGCAAGCAAAAACCACCCAGGGAAGAGCAAGGGAAGAAAAUUUCUAAAAAGGACAAAGCACCAGAGGAAUUGCAAAGGGAACAAGUUUCAGCUGAUGAGGAACCACCGAAAGAGCUUCCGACUCCAGUGACACAAGAAGAACCACCAAAAAAGGAGGAAGAGAAGAAGACGACGACAACACAAGAAGGGAGAGAAGAGAAGAAGAGGGGGAGGAGGAGGAGGAGGAGGACAAGCGGUAGGAGAAGAAAGGAGGGAGGUGAGGGGUACAAGAGGUACGUGUACAGGGUACUAAAGCAGGUGCACCCUGGACUGGGAGUAUCAUCGAAGGCCAUGACUGUGCUGAGUGGCUUCAUGAACGACAUGUUCGAGAGAAUAGCGGAAGAAGCAGCGAAGCUGUCCAAGUAUACAGGCAAGACAACGCUAUCAGCAAGGGAGAUUCAAGGCGCCGUCAAGCUGGUUUUACCUGGAGAGCUCCAAAAACAUGCCAUGGCUGAGGGGACUAAGGCCGUUUCUAAUUACAUGGACUAUGCUGCUGCAGGAGGCCACAAGCAGUAGACCCAGGAUUUUCCCUGACCUCCUUUUUCACUACUUGAUUUCAAUGGAAAUAGGAGUACUGAUUAAUAUGAUGGUCAACCCACUUCAUGCUGUGGGGUGGUUUUGUGGAAAAGGGGCACAUUGGUGUUGUGGACCUGGGGAUUUUACUUUGUAAUUUUCUAACUCUAGCGUGUUUUGUUUUUUGUUUCUUUGUGUUGUUAAUUUUAGGGUGUUUUAGGAUUUCAUUUUAAGUAUUUUCUUUCAUUUUUUCCAUUUAAAAUUUUUUUUUUUUUGGUUAUGUGCAUCUUCAUGGAUCUUGUGAUAUGAACCCUAGCUAAUUGAUUG